GUCGAGGAUUGAAUCCAUGAUGGGUUCGGCUCUGUCCGUCAAUUCAUUCAGUCACUGGUGUCGCUCAUCUCUCUCACUGCGCCAAGUCUGCAUCAGCAUCACAACUGCGCAAAGUCUGCAUCAGCAUCACAGUCAUCAAUGCAUGCAUCAACGUCAUGACCAUGGCCUUCUGCUUCGCUCCUUAUGGCCUUCCCUUAUGCCUUACAUUCCAGUGUCGCGCGGAAAGCACCGAUGAUCCACCACGCUUUUUUGAUGCAGCUGGAGCGUCGGUAUCCUCGUCACUCUUCUAAAAGAUACACCAAAGCCAAACACGCACCAGUCCUUGCAUCAUGUCAGGCGCCUGGGCCCAUGCAACAAUACCUUGCGUUUUUGUAACUUUCCUUUCUCAUUUUCUUCUUCUUUCUUGGCCUUCUUUUCGGCUGAUUUCUGGUCCUUGGCAUCGACCCCCAUCAUGGCAUCCAUAGGACCUGCAAGACGUGCAAAGGAGACAACAGCGAGUGUGUUGUCCUGCUGUGCACUGCAGGUGUGUUCCAUUCGGUGUGAUGUGUGUGUGUGUCCUUGUAUGUGCCAUGUAUGUCGAUCGCCAUAGGGUUGUUGUCAGGCUGCAUCUCUUUAUCGCCUUGUUUGUCUCUUCACACAUACACACACACACGCACACACACACACACACACACACAGAACACACGCAACACAGAGAGAGAGAGGUAAGUUUUACCCAUAAAAACCAACACACACAAAAACAACAGAGUGCGAUGGGCGAGUGGUGACUAAUCUAGUGCUGUCUCCUUGCUCGUGAUAGGCAACCGUCUCCAAUUCGAUAUCGAAGCGCGUCCACGAACCUCGAUGAAAAUAAAUGAAUAUAUGUUUUUCUCGUCGAGUGGCAAGAAUCGCAUAAGCUGGGCUCACCUAGGUUUGGCCACAGUGGAUCGCUGGCUGUACUGUUAGAAGUGCUCACCACUCGGAAUCGACAGCAGAAUGGUGGAAGGAUCACCUGAUGAAAAUAGACAUAUGCUCAGGUAUCGCACACAACAUAUGCGCGUAUGCUUAUGUUGGGCCUUCAUAGAGAUGACCUCUUCUGUCAUACACAUGAAAACAGAUGACACACUAGUGAUGAAAAGCAAUGCUUGUGAUGUGACACCUUCGCGAGAAAGUGCAGUCCAUCCUGUCAUGAUGCGUGGUCUAAAGCCAGUCCUAACGAUGUUACACAAGGAUCAUCUGUAUGCUGGUCUUGGCUUGUUCGAAAUCUUACGCGUAGUGCGACGGAUUGUCGUGCAGGCCUUGCAAAGAGACACACGUACAAUUCUUUCCUUCUAUAAUGACCCUUUACAUCUCGUGCUGGCGUCUCACGCAAUUUGAAGAUGAGCUAUGAAGGACAUGCACGAAUUCAUCCAUGUUUGAGAGUGAAGAUAUUUCAUCUUGUUUGGCUUACUUGAGCUUCGCCUCCAAUUAGCGUGCCCCCCCACCUCUCUGCAAAAGCCUUGCUAGUCCUUGUAGAAACAAAUGUCGACCACCUAUCAAUUCAUGCCAAUGGAUUCCAUUCAACAUACACAUACAACGCCCAGGUGAGUCUUAAUCGACUUACAGAAACGUUUUCCCUUCACGAUAGUGCUCUGAAACGUAUCCAACCUCAGCUGCACACAUAAGGAGAGCGCAAUUGAAAACAAAUGCGCACAGGCGCAAGGCUCAAUAAAUUAGAAGCAUGUCUCACAUCUUGCCGAUCAAUACAGAGAGACAUCCGCGCCGUCCCUGUUUUUGCCCGUGAAAAAAGGAACUUCCUGGUCAAUGACAGUCCCCUGUAGACGAAGGCACAUAAAAGUUUCUGUAGGGUAUGUAUUGUAUGUGUUCUCAAGUGUGAUUUAUCACCUCGGGAAGCGCUUUAAAAACGAAGCGAAAUAUGUACAGCUGCUGCGAGUGGCACAAGAGGCGUGGGAGAUAGAGUUCGCGUUGCUUUCCGGGGCAAUGGAUGACCCAGCCGAGCCGACAGGUGACAACGCUGCGGAAUUCUGAGUUCAGGCAGAACAGCGGCCCAUUCUGUUACGGUGUGGAUGCUGUGAAUGUAGUUUACCUAUGGAUGUGCCAGUCCGGAGCCAGUGGUAGGUGGGUCCGUCUGUCCCAUUAUCACAUCGAGGGUGCAGGAGCCGCGCGCCGGCGGGAAUGGACGGUGAAAAACAGGCUGGCCGCGCCAGCACAGCUGUAUCGACUUGAACUCCGCACAGCCCGUGGUGUGUCAUCGGAGUUCAGGAUCGCGGUGCGCAUGCCCUUGAAGGGAAAAGAGAAUGUUUCGCUCGAAGACGUGCGGGCCAGUAUGUCAGAUGCCCUAGAUGAGCUUCGCGAUGAAUAUCCCGAACAGACCCGCGGCUGGUUUGUCCACAAGAGCAGUUG